AUGCCGCAGCGGCGCACGCUCAGCCAGCGCUGCGCUGCUAGCGGAGCAGCAGCUGCGGGCGGCCACGCCGCCCCGCAGCGGUGGCGCGGCAGGGCAGUGGAGCUGCCGCAGCUGGACCUGGCCAAGUUCACCGACGGCUACUUCAAGGCGGCGGAGGACAAGAAGGCCAAGAAGAAGGGCGAGGACGACUUCUUCAAGGGCGACGCCGAGAAGAAGCCCCUGGCGGCCGAGUACGUGGCCAACCAGAAGGCGCUCGACGCCGCGCUGCUGCCCGCGCUGAGCGCUGACCUCAAGGGCUACCUCGGCUCCCGCUUCACGCUGCGCGACGGCGACCGGCCCCACCUCCUCAAGUUCUAG